CUGAGCAGGUAUAUAAGGGGCCGGGCAGGCUUCCCGGGCAAGCUGCGAAUGCGACCAGCUCGAGAGAACGCAUCAGGUGAGAGAAGCCCGCGAGUUCCCGCCGACUUUGCGCGGAGCCCUUCGGCUAGCCUGCCCUUCCCGCCUGAGCUGCCGGCCCGCCGGCCCCCGAGCGCCACUCCGACGGAGUCCCCCGGCCUUUUCACGGUGGCCGCUCCAGCCCCCGGAGCGCCGUCUCCUCCCGCCACGCUGGCGCACCUCCUUCCCGCCCCGGCGAUGUACAGCCUGCUGGAGACUGAACUCAAGAACCCCGUGGGGCCGCCCACCCCAGCCGCGGGCACCGGCGUCCCUGCAGCUCCCGGCGCUGCGGGCAAGAGUGGCGCGAACCCAGCCGGCGGCGCGAACGCAGGCAACGGGGGCAGCGGGGGCGCGAACGGCGGCGGUGGUGGUGGUGGCGGCGGGGGCAGCGACCAGGACCGCGUCAAGCGACCCAUGAACGCGUUCAUGGUGUGGUCCCGCGGGCAGCGGCGCAAGAUGGCCCUGGAGAACCCCAAGAUGCACAACUCCGAGAUCAGCAAGCGCUUGGGCGCCGACUGGAAACUGCUGACCGAUGCGGAGAAGCGGCCGUUCAUCGACGAGGCCAAGCGACUGCGUGCGGUGCACAUGAAGGAGUACCCGGACUACAAGUACCGGCCCCGCCGCAAGACCAAGACGCUGCUCAAGAAGGACAAGUACUCGCUGCCCGGCGGCCUCCUGCCCCCGGGCGCCGCCGCUGCCGCCGCCGCUGCCGCCGCAGCCGCCGCCGCCAGCAGCCCAGUGGGCGUGGGCCAGCGCCUGGACACGUACACGCACGUGAACGGCUGGGCCAACGGCGCCUACUCGCUCGUGCAGGAGCAGCUGGGCUACGCGCAGCCCCCGAGCAUGAGCAGCCCACCACCGCCACCCGCGCUGCCUCAGAUGCACCGCUACGACAUGGCCGGCCUGCAGUACAGCCCCAUGAUGCCACCCGGCGCCCAGAGCUACAUGAACGCCGCCGCCGCCGCUGCCGCCGCCUCGGGCUAUGGGGGCAUGGCGCCCUCCGCCGCGGCCGCCGCCGCCGCCGCCUACGGGCAGCAGCCCGCCACCGCUGCCGCCGCGGCCGCCGCCGCCGCCGCCAUGAGCCUGGGCCCCAUGGGCUCCGUGGUGAAGUCGGAGCCCAGCUCUCCGCCGCCCGCCAUCGCUUCGCACUCGCAGCGCGCGUGCCUCGGCGACCUGCGCGACAUGAUCAGCAUGUACCUGCCACCUGGCGGGGACGCGGCUGACGCCGCCUCUCCGCUCCCGGGCGGCCGGCUGCACGGCGUGCACCAGCACUACCAGGGCGCCGGGACUGCGGUCAAUGGAACGGUGCCGCUGACCCACAUCUGAGCUCCGGCCCGCGCUCCCAGCUCUUCGCCCCCACCCCGCCCCACACCCCCACGUUGGGACGCCUUGCUGUUUAGCUUUGCUCGCCUGGGACCGUUGCCUUGUACCGAAGAUGAGGAGGACCGAAAGUUUGGCCGUAACUGUCGGGGUUUUGUACAAAAGCGAGAAGAAGUCCCGAGCAGCGGAAAUGGGACUUGCUAGAGCCGCCGGCUUUUGACCACUGCCCCUCCCUCCCCCUCUGGCUGGGAAUCGCUGUGGUGUUUGCGGAGAAACCGCGGCCCCUUCCUCUUCCCGGGUUCCUAGGUUCUUCUGUUGCAGUUGAAAAUGUUGUCUUGUUAGUUUGCUAUUAAUCGAGGACUGAGUGAGGUUGCCCGCCCCCAAGAACUGCAAUGCCUCCACCCCCAGUCGUAUUGCUUCUAUUUUCCUCUGGCUUUUUUUUUUUGGGGGGGGGGGUGCUGGCCGCGCCAAUUGGCGCGACAGCUAAAGCCAAUGUUAAUUUAUAGCCAGGUGUGCGUGUGUUUCCCGCCUUGCCGCCCCUGGCCGCGGGACAGCUCUGUCCAGUGCGCGUUUAGGCUGUUGAGUUUGUGAUUUCUGCAGUGAUCUAUUUGCUAUUUCGUGUACGCAUUUCGUUCGGGUGGUGGGGAAGGGGUUAUUUUGUUCCAGGUCUUUUCAAAGUUUUGUUCUUAAUUGCUAAGUGAGAGAUCAAUAAAUUUUAUAACCAAUA